AUGUAGCUAAAAGUUAAGGGAGAGCGAGCGCGUUUACAGGUUAAUGGUUCUUACUCAAAACGUCGAUAUUUUCUCCGGGAUGAUUUCUGCUAAUCAUAAAAGUAAAGUGUCCUCCGAUGAAGAUGAUGAUGACCACGGCUCACGGUCAGUGCGGACGCAAAGCCUCCCGUUCAGCGUCGAUGCCCUGAUGUCGACUAAAGAAAGGAGCGAGUCAACUUCACGGGGAUCAAUUCAUAUGACACGCAUCAUAAAUCAAGAUGAUCGAUCAAUAUAUUCAGAUUCGGUGGAUUUCACCAAACGAUGUGAAUCUGCUAAAGAGGACUCCUCAUGGAUCAAUAAGCCAAGAUUGUCAACAUCACCACGCUCACAGAGUCCCACAAUAUGCCCUCUCCGAAAGCACAAGACAAACCGCAAACCCCGGACACCUUUCACCACUGCUCAGCUCUUGGCCCUCGAGCGGAAGUUCCGUCAGAAGCAAUACUUGUCAAUUGCUGAACGUGCUGAGUUUUCCAGCUCUCUCAGCUUGACUGAGACACAGGUGAAGAUCUGGUUCCAGAACCGAAGAGCGAAAGCCAAACGACUGCAAGAAGCAGAACUAGAGAGGUUCAAAAUGGCCAGCAAACCCAUCUUACAUCCUGGCCUUACUCUACCGUUUCCACUCUGUACACAACCUCAGACUGCAGCUCUAGUUUGUGGACAGUCUUUCCCUUUUAGCAGACAUAUGCUGCCUUUUGCACCUAUUGGAAUAUACUCCACACCGAUGGGUUACAGUAUGUGUCAUCUCUCCAAAGACGGCUACUCUGUGGAGCCAGUCUAGAGGAGCUUUUCGUAACUAUUCGUUUAUCUGCUGGACAUAUUGACAUUUUUAUAUUUGACACACCAAACAUGGGGUGUCAUACAUUUUUUAUAUAUAUUUUGGAUUUCAUUUUUUUUUUUUUUUACAUCCAACUUUACUUCGGAAGCUACCAAGGACUAAUGACAUACUUUGAGGUUUACUGAUCUUAAAGUGUCACAGAAUGUAAUACCAUUCUGCCAUUUUGCUUUGAAAUAUUAAUCUUAGAGGGAUUUUGAGUCACACUACUAAAAAUAACUUAGAAAAUUAGUUAUUUUACCAAAUAUGUUUCUAGAAUAAAGCAUAGCUGUGUAAGGAUUCCAAACUCAAGUGUGUUUCUAAAAAGCAAAUGUAACAUUUUAUAUUUUACACUUGAUUUGAUUUACAUAAUUUGCACCAAGAUUGUUUUGUAUCCUAAUUGGAUAUUUUAAUGAAAGAACUAUAAAUAUUAAACCUUUUAUGCUCAGA